ACAACACUGACAUUCAUGCCGUGCUGUUCAUUUACCUGUUUAGACCUGAAGACAAGAUCUAUAAUAAUCACAGCGGGUAAGAGACCAUAGCAGAGGGGAACCAUUACAAAGCUUUAAUCUAAACUCUAACAUUGGAAUGUUGCUGACUUCGGUACAGUGUGCAACAUAAAAGUGAAAGUAGAUUUGUAAUAACCUCAGAAGCAUUUAAAGACAGAGAAAAUGGCUUCCAGAUCGUUUCUCCUAGAGGAGGAUCACUCUUGUCCUGUGUGCAUGGACAUCUUCGUUGAUCCUGUGCUCCUGUCGUGUAGCCACAACUUCUGUAAAUCCUGUCUGCAGCAAUGCUGGAAAGGAUUGGAAACUCAGGAAUGUCCUAUAUGCAGACCAUCAAAACACGAGUCUCUGAGCAACGAGCCUCUGGUUUUAAAGAACCUGUGUGAUGCCUUAGAGGAAAGGUGUCAGAGAGCUUCAGCAGGGUCCGAGCUGCUCUGCAGUAAGCACAGCGAGAAACUCAAACUCUUCUGUCUGGACGAUAAACAGCCUGUCUGCUUUGUGUGUCAGACUUCCAGAAAACACAAAAACCACACCUUCUGUCCCAUAGAUGAAGCUGCACAGGAUUAUAAGGAGGAACUCAAGACUGCACUGCAACCCUUACAAGAGAAGCUAAAGAUCUUUAACAUAGUUAAAGUAACAUGUGAUAGAACAGCAGAACACAUAAUGAGCCAGGCCCAGACUACAGAAAAGCAAGUUAAGAAGGAGUUUGAGAAGCUUCACCAGUUUCUACGAGAGGAAGAGGCAGCCAGGAUAGCUGCUAUGAGGGAGGAAGAGGAGCAGAAGAGUCAUCGGAUGAAGAAGAAGAUUGAGGAGAUGAGUAAAGAGAUAUCAUGCCUUUCAGACACAAUCCGAGCCAUACAGGAGGAGCUCGGAGCUGAAGACAUCUCAUUUCUACAAAACUACACAGCCACGGUGAAAAGAGCCGAGUCCACACUGCCAGAUCCACAGCUGGUCUCAGGAGCGCUGAUAGAUGUGGCCAAACACCUGGGCAACCUGAAGUUCAGAGUCUGGGAGAAGAUGCAUGACAUUGUUCAGUACAGUCCUGUGAUUCUGGACCCCAACACUGGUCACCCAGGUCUCCUCCUCUCUGAUGAUCUGACCAGUAUGAGAUGCAUUGGAGUGACACAGAAGUUACCUGACAACCCAGAGAGGUUUGCUAAAUCUCACUUUGUCCUGGGCUCAGAGGGCUUUAACUCAGGGACACACAGCUGGGACAUUGAGGUUGGAGAUAUUCAAUUCUUUGCUGUAGGUGUGGCCCCAGAGUCUGUCUCCAGGGAAGGACAUGGUGACUGGGUUAGAAUGUGUGGAAUACAGUGGUGUAAUGCUAGAUACAUGCCAUAUUUCUCCCCCACCCUAUUCACAUUGAAACAGAGAGCUCCUCAGAGGGUCAGAGUACAACUGAACAGGGACAGAGGAAAGCUGUCAUUCUCUGACCCUGAUAACAACACACACCUACACACAUCAACACACACUUUCACUGAAAGAGUCUUUCCAUUCUUUUACUUUAAUUGGUCUACUUUCUCACAUUCACUAAGAGUCUUACCAGUGAAAACCUCCGUAACAGUGGAACAGCACAACUAGAGUAGGGAGGGCGAAUGAAUGGGCUUUUACACAGUCAUUAUGGGAACUCUUUGUUUAAGCUCCUGGUUAAAUUCCGCAUAAGAAAAAAAAAAACUCUCUAAAUGGUUAAACCAGUAACAAAUAUAUGUGAUUAUUGUAAAAAUUUGCUUAAUUUACUAUCAUCCUAAACUAAGAUAUUUAAUUAUUUUGCUAUAUCUAAUGAAUGUAUAUUAUACUACUUUCCAUGAUGUGGACAGCAUGUGUUACUACAUUACACAAGCUGCUGUUUUGACCACAUCGAAUUGGGGGGGAAUUACACAUCUUAGUAUAAAAGUUUAUAGUUAGCACGAUAACACAAGAUCAAAACAUAAAACAGAUGAAUAUCUUUGGUUUUGUACUGUUGAUUUUGUCAUAUGUGCUGGGGGUCUCAAGACUCUUGCUGUCAGUAUCUAAGUUUCCAUCCAAUUGCUGACAGAUGUUCAUGCAAUUAUCCUAAAAUCUGCAUAAAGAAAAUAUGUUUUCCCACCAGUGGUGUGUUCCACCAAACGGACUUGUUGCGGAUAAAAAUCUGUGUGUGAUGACGUAGUGCACACAAAAUGUACGUGCACUCUAGCCAACAGCUCAAAUCAAAUCAAAUCGCAGGUACAGUGUGGGUAGGCUGUGUUGGGUAGACUGUGUGGGGUAGGCUGUGAAGGUAGACUGUGAAGUUAGGCUGUGUGGGGUAGACUGUGAAGGUAGACUGUGAAGGUAGACUGUGAAGUUAGGCUGUGUGGGGUAGACUGUGAAGGUAGACUGUGAAGGUAGAAGGAUAGUUUACGUGAUGAGAAUAUUAUUAAUAAGAGCGAGAAUAUUUUUUAUUUGUCAACAGCAGUCAAGCAUCGAUCAUCAUGUCACCAGAAUAAGGCCCUGGAUAGUUAUCAGAAAGGAGCAUCAAGCUCAUCACCGUAUACUUUCACCACCCUGUGAAGUUCAUUCUAACUUAUGAUGUAGCCUAAUAAACUGCAUGGUUUCCAGAGUCAUAGUGGGAGGACCACACACCAUAUCAUUGCGUGACUCCAAGUUUACUUCGAUAUGAUGGUUAUUAUAUCAACAUUUCAAAUGAAAUUGUAUUAGUCACAUGCGCCGAACACAACAGGUGUAGACCUUACAGUGAAAUGUUUACUUAUGAGCCCCAAACCAACAAUGCAGUUAAAAAUAAGAAUAAGAACUGGUGCAGCUGUAGAACUUUUUGAGGACCCAUGACAAAUCUUUUCAGUCUCUUGAGGGGGAAUAGGCUUUGUCCUGCCCUCUUCAUGACUGUCUUGGUGUGUUUUGGACCAUGAUAGUUUGUUGGUGAUGUGGACACCAAGGAAGUUGAAGCUCUCAACCUGCUCCACUACGGCCCCGUCGAUGAGAACAGCUGAACUAAGCUCAUGAGGCAUUUAUAAGUUAUAUUCUUCAAGAAUCAAUGGGCACAUUUAAUUAAUUCAUAAGUGAACAAAAUGUAUGUAGCACCUGCAGAUUGCCCUUUUAAUGGGUUGUAACUGAAGCAAACUUUGAAUCUUGUAGGCUAAUAUUUUCUGUAUCAUUAUUUCUCUCUCUCAUUACGGAGUCCUCUCUAGCCACUUUGAACAACAUCUUCAAUCCAAUCAAUCAAAUGUAUUUAUAAAUCCCUUCUUACAUCAGCUGAUAUAUCAAAGUGCUGUACAGAAACCCAGCUUAAAACCCCAAACAGCAAGCAAUGCAGAUGUAGAAGCACGGUAAGACCAUACAGUAUUGGUCUUGCAUUGACACUGCCAUCUCAGAAGAGACUGACCACAGAAGGUCGUAACAGUAUUGUUUGUUGUUCUUGAAAUUCCACAUAUUACCAAAUGUUGUGUGCACCCCGUGUUCUAUAACAUUGUCAUGGAAAAUAUGAAUGUUGUUUCCAAUCAGCAACUAUGGCGUAAAUCCAGCUGCAUAUUAAAGGAUAAGAUUGCUGAAAAGCCAGUCUCUUUGGCAAUGACAAGGAAUGGAAUGUUAGCUGAAGAUACUGCUACUCAGGCUAGGUCUCCUUUCCCGCCAGCAGGAAAAUUGGUUUCUCGAGCUAAGGUUAGUAAUUUGGGGAUUAUUUAUUUUUACAUAAUAGCAUGCAUCUUCAUCAAUUUAACUUUCCUGAAAGCUGCACUUUAUUAGAUUAAAUUCACAAUUUUGAAAAUGAACAUAGGCUACUGUUUUAUGUGGGAUGUAGUAUCUCAAAGUGAUAAUGCUCUGUCUGUAGUUUGCAUAAUAAAAAGAAAAUGAUCCUGAGGUGAAUAAAAUCAUAAUUACACUGUUAUAUUCUCUCUAU